AUGCGGCGCGGAGGAAUGGCGGCGCCGCCGCGCGCUGCUGGCGAGUGCUCCGACUCCGACGGCGUGAUCUUCGACGGCGAGGCCGACGUGGCCACCGCUUGCUCGGUUGGGGGGCCGCCAGCUGCCGAACCUGCUGGACAUGUUGCUGCCGCCGCCGCCGCGUGCCUCGACGCCUUCCCGCAGGCCCUCUUCCGUGGGGGCGGCGGCGCCAGGGCUCGUGGCGAGGUCGCGGCUCGUGAUUGGUGGCGCGCGAGGGCGGCCGUCGCCCGCGCUUGGUUCGCAGCGGAUGCCGCGACGGUGCAGGCGCCCUCGGAUGAAGGAGCGAGUGCUGGAGGUACUGCAGGCGGGGCGCCGCUGCCUCCAGGCUUGGAUUCGAGGAGUGGUUGGAGUAGCGUGGUUAGUGUUCCUCGUGAGACGUCUUUUCCCUGCGUGUUCGGAAUGCCUUCUGAGUGA